CCAAGGCAGAUCUUUCCCAGUGGCUUCUCUUUCUCAAAUGCCAACUCCUUCUUUUGCUCCAAUCUGCUGCUACCACCACAACUGACCACUUCAAUAAACACUAUAGCCACAGUUUUAGUGGCCUUCCAUGGCCUCAUGACCUUUUGAAAUUUACAAGGUCACCUGGGCUCAUCCAUCUUAAGGUUUUGACUCAAUCAUCUAGUGACUUUGGAAAAGCUAAGUCUUCCAUCAUUCUCUUAAUCUACUUUCCCAUGAAUCUUUUUGAAGAGUCCUUACAAUUACAAACCAAAAAGGAAAAAGAACAUUUGGGGAUGGGGACAGGGGAUUGAACUUCCCCAUUGGUUCUCCAGUACAAAGUAUGUACAAAUAAUGACUUCUCUGAAGUUGGUCUGCAUAGUCACUCUAUUUGAAGUUCAAAGUUUCAUUGGUUCUGGGCCAAUUCAGUCAUGUAGUGCAAAUCCAACUGAUGUAUGUGACCGCUUUAUAAGAUUCAGGACUUGCAUUAAUUGGAACCAAAUUAAGUUCUGCCUCAAAAAACAAUGGGAAGACAACAUAUAUAGACUCAAUCAGAUAAUCUAAAUCUCAAAAACAUCUGGAGAAUAGAACACACACAUGUCCUAUAAGUAGAAAAAAACAAAGAGAAACUUCAAAAGAAUGGCUUUAUUAAAUUUGCCAUCCAAAGAACUGGAUUCACAUCUAGCCUCUUUCACUUAUCUACCGUUUGCCUAGCCAAGAACUAUAACUAUACUUAAAAAGUGCCUUUUUCUUAUGAAUUUGCAGUAAAAAUAGAGCCAAAGCACAUAAAGUACUGUAUGAACCUUAAGAUACUAGGUAUGUGAGAGCUAUUAGUGUCACCAAUUGUGGUGUUUUCCUUCUUUAAAAUGUAAUCGUUCGCUCUGAGAGCAGGUUUCUCGGGGAGGUUUUCUGGAGGCAGCCUUUGUUUCAGUUAAAAGUAAUAAUUACUCCAAAUGCAGCCGGGUGUUAAAAGUUCAGAUCUUGUAUUGUCUCCAAUACAGCCCCCUUAGUUUUCUUAGAGACCUAUCUCUCUGCUUGGUUCCAAGAGCUCUCUCCGAUUUUCUCCAAAUCCAAAGGUUUGUCCUUCAGCCUCCAGCCAGCACAAAGGUGGAAAAUGGAAUGAAUCUCUUGUCUCCUUGUCUGGGGCUGGGCGGUUUUCUGGAGAGCCUUUCAGACCAGCCUUGGUCUCAGUGGGGGAGGUGCAGGAGGCCAGCCACCACGGUGGAAUGAAUGAAUCUGGUUGUGCCUCCGAGAGAGGGCUUCUCCUGAACUAAACUCGACUGGCUCACUGAAGCUCUAUUUAUGCUCCUUCUCUGAUGGUGGAAUUCUGGGAUCCGAGAGUGGAAUUAUGGGUUUUCUCCCAGAGUGCUCUCUGGCCCUAAGAGCUUUUUGCUUAUAUGAGCUCUCUAAAGGUGUGAACACAAACAUUGUUUCUAUCAGUUCUACUUAGUACCUUGUUUCAACUUCUGGCCCAUAACAUCUCCUCGUAGGAUCAGAUCAAUCAUACUGAACCAUGCUAAAGUAGAUAAUUAUUGUCUCUAUCAACUUUAGUGAUUUAACACUUUGUAAGGAUUCCAACAACCAAUAAGUGUAAGAGGAAUUAUUUGUCCAUUUUCAUCUAUUCUAUUUUCAUUUGUAUUCCUUAAAAGUUUAUGAACAUGUUUUUCAACUUCCACAAAUCUCAUACUAGGUUUUGCCUCUAUAUUUGAGUAUUCACAGAUUAGAUUUACUUGUUUAUUCUUCAUAUACAUUGGUCUUCUCUUCAAUAAGAAGCAUAUAUAUUUUCAAAUAAUUAUAUAAUUUGUGACCAUUUUUCUGUCCACAAUGUAUACAUAGUAUAAUAUGUAUAUGAUAACGGAGUCUGUUACUUGCUCACAGGCCUCUGAACUAGCCAAACUAUUGUCCAAAUCUAUUGAAACUUUAUCAUGGUACUAAAUGUUAUGCAUUUUAUGCAUUAUAUGCAAUUUAGAGACAGUAUUGAAGUUCUACAGGAUACCAUCAGGUAAAGCACAAACAAUGCAGACUAUCCCUUGAAUAGAUACUGAUGGAACCAUCUCCAAAUAUACCAAUGCUGACCACAGGAUUUACAAACGAUGACAAAUAAUCCCUACUGAGACCAAAAGACCUACAGGAUGAAUUGAUAUUUUGGUUUGUUGGAAAGAAUGACUAGAAGGAAAGGCAAGGGAGGGGAGGGAAAUGAGGACUAGAGGGAGGGAAAGAGGGACUAGGAGAAGAAAAAGAAAGAGGAGAAGGGGGGGAAGGUAAGCAAAAGAAGAAAAGGGAAAGGGAACAGUGAAGAAGAAAGGGGAGGGGGAAAAGGGGACAAGGGGAUGGAGAUGAAGAGGGAGAAGGGGGAAACGCAAGACCAUGGAGAAACAUCAUCAUCAUCAGCAGCAGCAGCAGGGGGUAAGAGGGGCGUGUCAUCCUAGUGGGGAUAUGUCAUUUCUGUAUUUUCAGGUUCUGUGAAUCUGGAGCUGAAAGCAAUCAGUGUGAGCUGGUGGUGCACAGGAUAAAUUUCCCAUCAUUAAUGGAACAUAGGCGCAGGGAAACGCAGGAGAAGGCAAAGGCCAAGACUAGAUAGAUAAGAACCUGCAUUGUUUCCCUUUGAAGAAAUCUCCUUAUAUUUGGGAGGUUGAGCCCAUGUCAGUAAAACAAAAUACUGCUACCUUCUAGUCCACAUUAUAUGUGACUUAAAAGCAAAGCAGACCUCAUCAAUGUUCCUCCUAGAACAUAACAUCGAUAAAAACAUAAUACUCUAGAGGGAAUCUCAUUAGCCCAGAUUUGAAUGGGACUACAGAGGGUAUACAUAGCCUUAAGGUAUGUUUAAAUCUUUCAACUGAAAGUGGUAUCUCUUUCCAUUCCAUUGAAGUGUUGGAAUCCUUCCCUUCUGUUCCCUCCCUUAAGAACAGCACCAAUAAGGCGAUUUAAAUUCUGUAGAGGAUGGGCUUGAACCCAGGGCUACGUGGUGGAGACCGGGUGUGUGGCUGGUUGCCUCGUAUAAAUGCUUCCCCGACACACUUACGGGGUAGGAAGAAUCAGAAGAGGCACUGGACUGCAUUUGUCCAUCCGGGCCCCUAGGGUCCUUUUUAGGGUGGGCGCUUCCUUCAGUUUCACAGAAUUGUUAAAAGGCUGCAAGAAACUUGGGAGAUUAUCGAGUAGAAUCUCAUUUUAGAGAAGAAAUCGAGGCUCCGAGAGGAAGUGCUCUGCUCAUUACAAAAGUAAGCAAUAGAACAGGUCCCGAGAUUCGAACGCGAGAGCUCCGGGUCUCACCCGCCCUCGCGACCGGGAGCUUUGGACUCCUCGAGCUGGGAGCUAACGGAUCCGGCUCCCGUUAAGCUUACCAGUGCGUGACUUGAUCCUUUAUCGCAUCCGCGUGAGCCUCGUACCUUUACCUGACAAAGGCACGCGUAGUUCAGUUGCUCUGCUGCCUUUGCCAGAGUUGCAAUCAGCUCCAGGGCUGAAUCGGUUUUUAACUGUUGCGGGCUCACGGGUCUCUAAACCUUGGGCUUCGGAUUAUUGACAUUUCCCCUUUUAAUUCCCCCUUUAAUUCUACUUUUAUUUUCCCCUUUAAUUCUCCCUUUAACACCCCCUUUAAUUUCCCCUCUGAGUAGUCUGAGGGGCGCGAGCGAGGACUCCUCCCUCCCUGCCCUGAAACCUGCCUCCACGAUGAAGAUUUUCAAUUUCGGCAAGAAGAAGGGGCAAUUUCCAUCUCGCCCCUUCCAGCUUUCGAGUUCCUUUGGGGUCCAAACACGCUACCCCACCGAAGGAUACCUGAUCCGGAGCAAGGACCUCAGGAAGAUCCACAAAGCUGCCUUGCGUGGGGAUGUGGCGAAGGUGCAGCAGCUACUGCUGCAGGGAAAAAAUGUGAAUGAUCUGGAUAAAGUGAAACGAACACCUCUUCACCUGGCUUGUGCUAAUGGACAUCCAGAUGUUGUAUCUCUCUUAGUAGAGAGAAAUUGCAAACUAAAUUUGUUGGACAAUGACAGCCGAACACCUUUGAUGAAGGCAAUAGAGUGUCAGCAGAAAGAAUGUGCAACAAUCUUGCUUGAACAUGGUGCAGACCCUAAUCUUGGGGAUGACAACAACAACACUGCACUUCACUAUGUUGUCCUUGGUCAUAACCAAUUCUUGGCAAAAAAACUACUUCACUACCAAACUGAUAUUGAAGCAAAAAACAAGGAAGGUCUCACACCACUUUUGCUCGCAAUUGCAAGAAAUAACAUCAACAUGGCAGAUUUGCUGUUAAAGAAUGGAGCAAAUGUGAAUGCCUUGGAUGGCUCUAAAAGAACGGCCCUUAUGAUUGCUGUCACUAAGGAAUCACCAGACUUGGUCACUCUUCUUCUUCACCAUAAUGCUGAUCACACUGUCCAAGAUGUGUAUGGAUGGACAGCUGAGCAGUAUGCUAAGCAAUAUGGUUAUCCUCUACUUACUUAUCAUCAACAAAUUGAAAAUCAGAAAGAGUGUAAUAUGCCCAGUACAUCCCAAGUCAGCUGUUCAGAACAAGCUUUUGAUAUUGGAUUUGCUUUGAUUGCACAAUUCCUCCAAAAUAAAGACUUACUUAUCAUCAACAAAUUGAAAAUCAGAAAGAGUGUAAUAUGCCCAGUACAUCCCAAGUCAGCUGUUCAGAACAAGCUUUUGAUAUUGGAUUUGCUUUGA